AUGGAACCUGAAACGAGCUACCAUGCCAUGAUGAGAUGUACUAAGGCAAAAGCAUUGAGGGAUUGCCUGCACGAAGAUUGGUCCUUACCAGAUGAACAAGCUCUUCAAUACACCGGUGAAGACUGGGUUCUCGUGCUUUUAAGUCAAGUGGAUAAUUACAUGAGGGCAAAGCUUCUCCUACUGUGGUGGAGAUGCUGGCAUCUUCGCAAUAACAUGAUUUUUGGGCACGGUAAAGUGAGGAUUGCCCAAUCCUCACUCUUUUUGCAAUCUUACCUUGUAUCUGUGCAAGACACCAGAGACAUUAAGCUUAUCAUCGAUGAGAAAGGUAAAUGUCCUAUCGUCAGUCAGGUUGCAAAUAACGACCAGACCUGCAAAGAAAUUGUUGUUCCAUGGAGAAAACCUGCUACAGGCUGGGCAAAAUUGAACUUUGAUGCAAGUUUCUUAGAAGCUGAAGGUACUGGAGCUUGGGGAGCUGUACUUCGUGACAAGGAUGGUGCGACUUUAAUUUCAGCAUGGGGCAGAAUUCCUUAUUGUCCAAAUGCAGAGACAGCUAAGGCCAUAGCAGGUUUGGAAGGCAUUAAAGCAAUAAUUCCACAUUAUGCAGGACAUGUUCAUCUGGAGAACGAUUGUGCUUCUCUGAUUUCGGAACUAUGCGCAAUUGGCCCCAGCAAAUCUGCAGUUGCUGAUAUUGUUAAGGACAUGAAGUCUCUCAUUCGGUCCUUUUCUGACAGUUUGAUCUCUAAAGUAAACAGAGCUAGUAACCAGGUUGCUCAUGAACUGGCUAGGUUAGGCAAAGUUGAGGCUAAUAGGCAUGUGUUAAUCGGUGCAGUUCCUCCGUGUGUGGUUGAACUGGCCAAGGGUGAAUGUAAAACCUCUGAUGUGUCUUGA